AAGCCUUAUUGUUUCCCUCGUUUAACCCUAGCCGCCGUCCCUGAGCUGCUUCUUCUCUCUCUCUAUCUCUCCGCUUCAGUUUCUCCAUCAAGCUGCAGGUCGGAAAAUGGAUGCUGCGGUUGCGGUUCCGGUGGAUGCGGGUCAGGAACUCACCCAGCCUCACCACGAUGUGAAGCUUUUCAACCGCUGGACCUUUGAUGAUGUCCAGGUUAAUGACAUGUCUCUGGGGGAUUACAUUGGAGUUGCACCUUCCAAGCAUGCAACCUAUGUUCCACACACCGCUGGCCGAUACUCUAUGAAGCGUUUCAGGAAAGCUCAAUGCCCAAUUGUGGAAAGACUUACAAACUCCCUCAUGAUGCACGGAAGAAACAAUGGGAAGAAACUAAUGGCUGUGAGGAUUAUCAAGCAUGCAAUGGAAAUCAUUCAUCUACUAACUGAUCUUAAUCCAAUUCAAGUUAUCGUUGACGCUGUUGUCAACAGUGGUCCACGUGAAGACGCUACACGAAUUGGUUCAGCUGGUGUUGUUAGGCGUCAAGCUGUGGAUAUCUCCCCUCUGCGACGUGUGAAUCAAGCAAUAUACCUUCUCACAACCGGUGCUCGUGAAGCUGCCUUUAGAAACAUCAAGACAAUUGCCGAAUGUUUGGCUGAUGAACUCAUCAACGCCGCUAAGGGCUCAUCAAACAGUUACGCUAUCAAGAAAAAGGAUGAGAUUGAGAGAGUUGCAAAGGCCAACCGUUAAUGGAAUAGAGAGAGAGAGCUCAAUGGUACAACAGGAGUUUUGUUUUGUUGUUCUUUAUUAAGUUUCUAUGGACAUGGUUGUUUUGUUGCUAGAAUCAUUUAAUACUUAAUUAGGGGUUUAAGAGUUUUGAUAUGGAUGAGAUAUUAGUUUGUAUUUAAUUUUGGAUAAAUUGCUUUGCAUUUUAACCACUUUGAAUGUGAUUCUCUUUCUACUA